UUUGUUGACACAUAAUAUGGACAACAACUUUGUCGAAGAGUUGCUGCAGAAGGCGUCCGAAGAUGAGGCGAAGGCCACCAAAUCGGUGACAGUCGACAAACAGAUCCCAUUGACAUUUGACUUGAAACACUUGCUGGCCGUCGAUACCAAUCCUCUGGACAUUAAAGCUUUAAAGGCUAACAAAGAGCUAUACCUCCGAGACUUGGCUCGAGAUAAUUGUCAAUUGAUUUGCAACGAGUUGUGGAAAUUGGAGACCAAACGAGUGGACGAAGCGGUUGUGGCACAACUGCCGAAGCAUUUUGAGUAUCUGUUGCCCAGAAGUAAACCGAUUCCCAAAGCAAAACCGCCCACAAAAUGGGAAACUUAUGCCAAAGAGAAAGGCAUUCAGAAGACUAAGAAAGACAAACUGGUUUGGGAUGAAGUGAGCAGCUCUUGGAAACCACGAUUCGGCUUCAGAGGAAUCAAUCAACAGAACGAUUGGGCCAUUGAAGUGCCCGAUAACGCAGACCCGAAUGUGAAUUAUUUCGAUAAGAGAUCCGACGAGAAGAACGAGAGGAUCGCGAAGAAUGAGUUCCAACGGCUCCGGAAUAUCGGUCGUUCGCAGAAGAUGAAGAUCGCCGGCAAUCACGGAGUGAUGCCUCACUUGAAUCAGUCUCAGGAACAGCUCAAAAAGGCCUCAGUGUUGGCCAAACAGUCGACCGCAUCUGUCGGUAGGUUUGCCGAAAAGCUGGCCGACGAGAAGGCGCCCAAAAACAGUGGCAAAAAACGACAAUUUGAGCCCAAUUUCCGAGAUCAGGGCCAAGAGAAGGACAAAAGUCUUAAAAUAAUUAACGAUAUCAUGAAUAAAAAGCCAAAACUGGAUAUCAAUAAAGCGAUUGAACCGAUUGUUAAAAAUCGAAUGUCUAAGAAAUCCAAAACCAAUGAUUUUAAGGAUAAAAGAGGACAAAAGUUUGACAAAAAGCGAAAGUUUGACAAAAAGCGAGAGUUUGACGGAAACGACGACAAACCGCAAAACAAUAGGAGUUUUAACAAAAAGGGUAACAAUAAUAGUAAUAAUAAGCAAAACAAUUCAAAACCGCCGCCGAAGAAGUCCAACAAAUUUGGAGCAAACGGUAAACAUAGGAAGAAGUAAACGGACGGACAACGACUGUCCCGUGAGUGAGCUAUUUAUGUUUACCAUGUGCUACAAAUCUCACCACAUUAUGACCAUUAUAUCUAUUGUUGAUGUUAUGUAACGAUUAAUUUUCUAAAUAAACAUUACGCUUAUUAUAAUGCAAUUUAUGUUUCCGUUUGUAUCGGAG